AUGAAUUUAAUGUAAAUUAGACUCAAUGUUAACAAUUGAAAUCGUGUUGGUUCCGAGUUGAUUUGAAACAAUUCAAGUGAUCGUCUCUUGUAACCAAUUGUGAUGCAGCGAGUGAAAAAAUUUCCCGAAUUAGUCACCAAAGCCAGAGCAUUGUCACGAUUCAAUAAAAUAUUUGGUGAUAUUGUUGAUCCAAAAGAUGGCUUAGAGCAUUUAGAUUUUCUUGAAAAAUCUGGUAAAACCUGGUUAAUUUGCCUUGGUGGUUACAACCAAUCGACCCAAUAUCAUCCAGGUUAUCUACUUACUUCGAUAGCCAUUGAGGCAAUCAACUGGUUCUUGAUUAGUCGACUCAUCAUACUUUGCCUGACCGACAAUCAUAAUCUAUCCUUUUAUUUGGGUGACAUAUUUUAUGGCACUUCAACUCGAUUUUACAUGAAUGCUGUUUUUGGUGUUUCAUCAAUCCUGUUAGGUGGUAUUAGAAGCUUCAUCUUUUGGAGUGAACAAUUUAAAAACUUGCAUUGGAUGAAUUACUUCGCCAGCAUUAAAAAAAAUGGUUUCAGAACCGAUAUGCUUCAUAUUUCUCAAUCGGAUUUGAAAAUAUUGAGAUCUAGACUUUACAUAAGUCGCAAGAUUUUCACCUUUUUUACUCCAUUGACAAUCAUAUCAUUGGCCUCAAUAUUUACUUUUGCCGUUGUCAGCAACCCGGUAACUUAUUCAUCAACAGUCAGGCUAAUAUUCAUUAUUGGUUGGACUGGAGCUACUUUUGUUGCCGCUGUUUUUGCAAUCGCCACUGCAAUCUGGAUGUCUAUUCAUGUUUACGUUCUUAUAGUUUAUACCAUUUUGCGUUUGGAUCAUAUUACUCGGGUAACUGAAGGGUUAAUCCGGCUACCAAUAAUACCAGUUCAUUUGAUUCGUUCAGUGAUUAAUGAGCAAAGCUCGUUGUUCAACUCGAUCGAUAAAAUGAAUAAUCAAUUGUCUAAUCUGUUCCUCUUUGGUUACAAUUAUGCUGCUUUCGCUGCUGACUUUUUACUGUACAUAGCUUUAAUCAUGCCAAAGGAUAAUCUAUUCAAUAACGUUCUUGUUUUCGGUUUUGGCAUUGAAGCUUCUGGCAUUGUUAUUAUUAUUGUAUACCUUUCAUCGACAAUUCAUAUCAAGACUCACCAAACAUAUUCUUAUUAUCAUGAGAUGAUUGAAAAACUACCGAACGUUAUGUUAAACGAAACUAUAAUCAAUUACAAGGUAAUUUCGUUUCUACUUUCGAUUGAUUCUUUGUCAAACAAUUGUUAAUUGUUUCAAUUUUAAGAUACUUGGUAUACUUGAAAGGAUUGGUGGUCCAGUUAUUGGCAUUUAUAUCGGUACUAUGUUUCCAUUGACUUAUUACCAGUUUGCCACCGUAAGUAUGAUAGACUGAUCUUAUUGAUUCAAUAAUAUUUUUUCUCCAAUUAGUUUCUUCUUGAAAAUGCCAGUUUGAUGUUACUUCUGGCUGGAGCCUUACAAAAUAUUAUGUGAAAAUUUUUGGAAACUGAAUAUUUCAGAGUAUUUUACUAUUGAUUGACUGUCAGUUCAUAAGAACUAUGCUGGGAAUGAUACUAAAUCUGAUUGGAAAAUCAGAUAAUUAUCUUAUCAAUUUACGGAAACAAUUGCUCUUGGUAAAAAAGAGUAUUUUCUGUUAAACAGU